CAACGGUCCAGUGUUCUUCCACAAGAGAGCCACAACGACGUCGAUUAGGACUAAGGCUAGAGCUAGGAGGGCUUUCCAGUCCAAGAUGGAGUGUGACGAUGCAGCUGUGGAGCGCCAGAAGUUGGUGUCUAAUGACGAGGAAGAUGACCAAAACACCAUCACCAACUUGUCCUCCAGCGGACAGGCUAAAUCCGUACAAACCCCCAUCUCGCCCGUCCUAAGCAAUAAGUUGUUUUCCAGCGGUGAAACAAGCCGAAGUCAAAACUCCACUAAUUACUCAUUAGGAAAAGGAAUUUCGAACGAUGCAACAUUGCCGACCAAAGUCAACUACGUCAAUGAACGGAAAACGCAGGAUACAAAAUCUAAGGCUAAAAAAGUUCAACGAGAGGUUCCGGAUGUGCGGCACAUGGAACGAGCCUUACUAGGGCUGUUGGAAGACUUCCAUUCCGGCAAACUGAAGGCUUUUGGAUCUGGUUGUACGAUGGAACAAAUGACUAGCAUCCGCGAGCAGCAGGAAAGUUUGGCUAAGUUACACUUUGACCUUGGCACUGAAGCAUUUACCUGCGCCGACAGCAGCGCUAAUUCGGACAACGAACUGCAAGCCCAAAGUAACAUGAAAAAAUUGGUGCAAAAAUUGGAGCAACUAUCAUUUUCCAUCGAGAAGCUGCAUUCGAGCAAUGUGGAAAAGUAAACUAGGGUGACUCAGUUCCGCUGCAAAAAUGGAAAAACUUGACGUAAGGCUGGAAAUUAUAG